CAUACUGUGUUACCGUGUGCUGAGACCAGAACAGAAAGAGGCAACGAGGGCGAGUGUAGCCACUGUACUCUGGUAAGGCUUGAAUGCGAGUAGGGUGCAUACGGCGCCGACCGAACCGGAUGUACGUGUGCCUCUCUCCACAAACAUGACUCUGCCCCCAAUGCUACUCAGCUCGCGUGGGUGGAUGAGUAGUUAUGCGGCGUCGGUGGCCAGUAUAUAUGAGUUCUUGAGCCGCAAAAUGGAAGCUCGGUACAGGAAGCUGGCCUCAAGAUUCGGCCCAGAAAACGGUGACCAUGGCUAACUAUAACUAUUACUACUCUCAUUCGUACGAUGCCUACGCGGCUUAUACACAUCCUCAUGCCGAAUAUGGGAAUACGUCUCCCACACGGACACAUGCGAGGGUACCUGCCUCGAGAAGAAUAUCAUCAUCACAGAAAGUACCAACUAGAGGAGUCGAUGAACCAGACGUAGUUAUUGGACGUGUCUUCUGGCUCCCGCCCCAGGAAGAACUACCUCCAAGAGCAGUAAGGCGGGCACAUGGGAAAGGCGCUGUGGAAGAGGGUAUAUACAAUCACCCAAUAGUUGUUGUAUCCCGGCCAGCAGAAGAGCCGCAAGUGGUGCACUUCCAUAUAGUCACAUCCUUCCAAGGCAAACGCCUACAUGAGAUUUACUCCAAGAACAAUGAAUUCCACGCGUCACGGCGCUCCUGGUAUCUUCCCAUAUCGCCAUCUCCACCUCACCCAGACGCAACAUCCAAGAAGAUGCAAAAGCGAUUCCCCACGCUGGAUCUGCAACAUCGCGCGACCCUGCGCUGGGACUCGUACGUCAACAUCCGACACGUCUACAAAAUAGACUGGACGUUACUAAGACCGUACGCAAACCCUGACACGCCGCAUGUGCAAUCAUUCUGCUUUGACCGGGAAUCUUGCGACAAGAUGCUGGCCAAGACCAAGGUCCUUACGAACUACGAGCCUGAGAUUCAACACCAGGUCCAUUACUCACACCAAGCUCCUUGCGAGGUUCCUGAAAGGCCAACAUACCGCCAUCCAGGGCGUUCAAUGACGUCGGGUCCGCCGCUGCACAUCCCAGAAACACCCGUACGAUACGGAUACGACCAGACCGCGAACCUCAGAGGCCAAGACUACAGCCCGUACAGUCCCCGCGCGCCGUCGCUGUACUCUCCCACCGCCUACUCGGAUGGAGGCAGUGUAGUCGGCUCGGAAUACUCUGGUCUCUCUCCGAUCCUGCAGUCGGAUUUUGGCGUGCCUCAAACUGAGUUCGAGAUGGAUAUCCCGGUGCCGAGGAAGCGGCCGCCUGAUGGAAAGCUAAGGAAAGUGUGGUUUGUCAUUGUUUUUGUAUUGGCAUGGCCUUGGAAGAUGUUGUGUAAGCUACGAGAGAGGGUUGUGGGGCGGUAG